AGGCGCGCGCUUAUUUGAGAGACAGAAAAGGUUGGUUGGGUUCCAGUGCGCGUCAGGGGCUAUCGGUGGCGUCGCGCGCAUGUCACACUGUGAGAGUCCGAGAGUUCUGGAAAUGCACAGGCGCCUCUUCACUGGUAUGCACUUACACACAAAGCUGAAGGAUCCGGUGGUGAUAGAAGGAACUAUCGACUGAUCCUCCAGGUCGUGAUACAAAACACGGGAAUCUCCUUACACACCUUAACACACCUUAAAUCUCUCCCCGGCAGGUCCUCUUUCUAGGCUCGGACACAGGGAUGGUUAUGUGAUGGGUGUCGGAGAAUUGCCCGGGAGAUCCUACAUUAUUGCAGACAGCACCAUGAGCAGGUGUCUUUCAGCCGAAGAGAAGUUUGGAUUCGACGUAACGCACCACGGAAAAUAGAAGUCAUCGUUAUAAAAGGAUAAUAAAGAAUUGCAGAACAGCCGCAGAAAAGUAUAUUCGCAUAGUAGCGUUUCUGUGCGCGAGAGGGAAUUCUGAUGCGCAUCUCUGGAUUGUAAAUUUUUGCUUGUUUGGCACAACGUCGUAAUAUGGAGUAGCCUCUCUGUUAUAUGGAUCUUCAAAGUUGGAAACAAGAAAAAAGACUAACUACAGACUACAGCGAACCUAUGAUGGGAAUGCUAUUCAUACAGUAACGCAUUAGGUCAAAUGACCAUAGUCCUCUUUUAGUCUAACUACAGUAUCUAUGAGAUGGAAAAACGGGGACUAUACGGCGUUCUUUAUUAUUUAAUUCUGAAUACACCGUUGUUAUUUUGUGUACAUGCUUCGUUUACUGAAGUGCCCAAAGAUGUGAGUGUGGGUGAGGGGGAGGACGUGGAGAUGCCGUGCGCCUUCCGGGCCGUUGGAGCAACGCCGUUCUCGCUGGAGAUCCAGUGGUGGUACCUGAAGGAAGUCGCUCCUAAAGAACUUGCACAGGAACUGCAAAUCAGCGCUCCGGCGAACAGAGCAAAGGUCACUGCAAGGGAUGCCACAAAAAUAAGCACCGUGAGAGUGCAGGGCAACGCCAUAUCACACAGGCUCAGCCUGUCCAAGAUCCGCAAAGAGGAUGAGGGCGUGUACGAGUGUCGUGUUUCCGAUUUAUGGUCUGAUGAGACCCAGGAAUACAAGGUCCAGGCCACUCUGCGGGUGACCCCGCGCGACGGUAUGGUGGCGGAGGAGGCAGUGUCUCACAUCCAAAAUCGGUGGCCUCUUAGGAAUAGCAACACCGCGGCUAUAGGGGGGCGGGCGACAUCGGAACCAAGUCAGGGAAAGCCUCGCGUGCCUGCUCAGGCCGGACCGGGCCUUCUCCCUUUCAGUACGACAACCACAACAACUGCAGCGAAGUCCUCCGCCUCGCCACGGCCUGGUAAUGCAGGCAUCCUCCGUCAACAGCAUGGAGCCGGUUGCGGAGCCAUGACAACCAUCGACCCACUCCUCCUUGUCACUCUCCUUUUCUUGCAUAAGCUCCUCCCCUUCCUGUUUACCCAUUAAGAGACCUCAACCAAACAACAACCCAACAACAUGUUCACUUUAUCAACCAAACAAAGGGGAAAAUAUUCUAUAAAUAGAUGUAUACCGGUAAGGCACAUCACUGAGGAGAACGGAGCAAUGCGUCAAGAGAAGAACAGACUAAGGAAAGAUGAGAAAAGACUGAAUUAAAAGAGGUGAGGUCUUCAAACACGGACUAACUGAGGACCUGAUUGUGGAGGGGUAGAAGAACUGUAUGUGGGCAGUAUGGUAUGGGAAGCAUGAUCUACAGGAGUUUAGUGUCUGUGAUAACAAGCCUCACACAACUGUGGUCCACAUACACACACUGUCAUCCACCUUGAUUAAAGCUACAUCCAGUCUUCAGACAGCCUCUGCCUUGCUUCAUGCAUGGCCCUUCCUAUUUAUUUUCAGGUUUCUACCCUUGUUAUUUAGAUUUUUUCUUUCUUUUUUAAAUGUAACAUCUGUAUGAUAUUUCAAAUUUGAUUCAUUUAACUAGACUUUGAAUAUUUCAUCUCCUAAUUAUUUUUGAUCACAGCUGCUUUCAUUACAGUUGAUCUGAGUUUGUUAUGUAAUAUACAUACAGCACUAGUAUUUUGGUUUUAUAGUUUUUUGAGGGGGAGGGUUGGGGGGGGUCAUCUGCAUGAACUGUUGUGCAGUCAGCCAUCCUUUCUGACUUCACGCGGGAGGUGUGUGUCAUUCACAGGACUGUUUUUCACGAUUCUCUCAAUCAGAGUGUGUGUGAGUCUAUGUGUUCUGUUCUGUCUCCCCAACCCCCCACGCUCUCUGUUCUGUUACUCAUUUAAGCAUUGAUUCAUGCUGUAUACAAAUAUGACCUGAUAUAUUUUGAUUAAAUAAGGCAUACAUUACCAUAGUUGUUGUUAGUCACCUGCAAUGAUGUUUAUUUUUAUCAAAGAUAUGGUGAUCAAGG